AUGGCACCUCUAAUUGUGAGGUUUGAGGACAAAUAUGAUCCCAAAAUGGUUGAAAAUAGUCGAUCGGAAAAGAAGAUUCUUCGAAGUGGUAAACCGAUCUCAUUGGCACAACUCAAGCGUAAGGGUCAACUAGCAGAGAAGCAGAAGCUGAAACAAGCCAAGACUGAGGAAGACAAGCAAGACAUGAAGAAUGAUCUUGAACUUCAACGAUUACUUGAUGAAUCACAUAUUUUAGCCGGGGAUCACGGUUUUUCUGGAGCGGACGUGGGUUUUUCUGGAGCGGACGUGGGUUUCCAGGAUGAGGUGAUGGGUAAUUCAAGAGUGAGGACGCUGGAUUCCAGGAUGCAGAAGCUAGCAGAAGCAAACCAAGCUCAUAAACAUAAGUUGGAAAAUAUGCCCAUGAAUUAUAGAAAAGGUAUGGUUAAAGCUCAGCUGAAAAGAAUCAGUAAAUAUGAAGAAGAGGCUCAUGAAGCAGGAAUCAUUCUGGCCAAAUCUAGGAAAGGAGAGUUUAGACGCAUAGGUGAUGAUGGCACCACCUCGUUCACGGAGAGAAUUGGUAGCGGUAUGAAGAAACAGUCAAGAAUGAGAGAUAGGGGCUUGCGUGUCAAUACUGUUGGAAAAGCCACUAGCCAUGGUGUGCUGCUCUCGAAACAUGAUUUGCAUAAGAUCACAGGAGGUGAUAAGAAAAAACGCAAAGGAAGAAAAUAA